UGUUUCUUUCCCCGUUCUCAAUACAUUGAGGCUGAAGGCCAUGGAGCUCGAAUUGAUAGCAUCUGAAAGAACGGUGCCAAGGCGCCGCAAAAGCUUAAGGCACCGCACAAGCCACAGAUGCCAAGCGAAGAACACACAUUCGGAGCUGAACAUGUGGGACAUUGCUUCCGCGUCUGUGAUCUUUUUGAGCGUUGUGAUUACCCUUGUGGAAGCUUGCUUCAUUUCGCAGACUCGCUUCCGCAUGUUUGCAAAUGCAGCACAGGCAGUCUUUGCUGCCAUAUUCUGCAGUCAGUGGGGCUACAACUUGUACAAUUUCCUUUUCAAUACAGCUGAAGACGACAGAGAUGUUGAAAUUACAGAGAAGGUCAAAUUGUUCUUCCUCACAGGUCAAAACGCUUUUUGGAAUGCAUUUGAUGGAAUCCUUAAUGUUGUGAGUAUACUUGACAUUUUUGUGGAUACUUGGGAAGGGAGAUUUGUGCACGGGCUUGCAGCUAUGCGAGUGGCACGUGCCUUUGCGCUUUUUCGCAUUUUUGCAUCAAACAAGCAUCUGAAAGAUCUUCGCAGAGUAAUGCACACUGCAUUAAUUCAGAUGUUGCAAUUUGGUAUUGUCAUCCUGGCGUCAUUGGUGCUGGCAAGUGUGGUUGCAACCAACAUGUUGUGGGACUUUCCAGAUGAGCAGGUUGCUGACAGCUAUUCGGACCUUGGAACCACUAUGUGGACACUCUUCAAAAUCAGUACAAUGGAUGGCUGGACUGAAGCUAUCCGGCCAUGUUUGGAGCUGCAUCCGUCUUUGCUAUAUUUCUACGCAAUCUUUGUUUUCUUCUCUUUGUCAUCAAUUUCAAUUGUCCCGGCAAUCUUCAUUGAGUUAGUGAUGGAAGAAAGGGAAAAGAGAAAGGCCCAGAAGCACCGCCGCAGGGAACGCCACAGGAGAAGGGCAAAGAAGGCUAUUCAACGCGCAAUCAGCUUGCGUCACGUCAAACAACCAGAGUUGUCAUCGGAUGAUAGUUCUUGCCAUUCAAGUUCCGUGUCCUCUUCAAGUCAUUCAGACAGAUUUGCUGUUGUGAAUGAGCUCUCGCAGUCGCUCCACAGCCUCUUGCUGGAAUUGAGGGGAGAGGAUUCUGAGGGCGAUAGGGGAAGGUCAAGAGGGCUGUUGGAGUCUGGCAGAGGGCCUGUGCGGCCUGAGUACAGAAGACAAGUUGUAUUGGACUCGGAGCGAGAUCAUCGAUACAAUUCAAUCCCUUCGACUGAAGAUCUUGAUGAGAUUGCCCCACUACAAGAGUCGCAGGCAAUCCUCAAAAUAGCACGAGAUGUUGGAAGCCUUCAGGAUGACAUGCAAAACCUCCGCUUGCUUCUUUUGGAAAGGUUUGAUAUACUUCAGCACGAAGUUCUUAGAAGGCUUGUCGCACCCAAGGUGGCUUUCCCGAUGCUCAACAAGACUGAUCCUUCAGAGCAAGAAGAGCAAGCUUCUUUUUCCGGUUCCAGUUUCCAAAGAGAAGUGACUACAAAUUCUUUGCAGACUUCGCAUCAAAACGAUCCGCCUGAGAAGGGAAAGGAUGGACAAGAGUCAGAAAUUAGCCCAGAAGCUCUUGAAGCUAUUCCGGUGCAAGAUGACAAUGACCGAAGUGAUUCUUCACGUUUGACCAUGGACCAAAGGAGUCCACAAUAUGCUGGAGGGGUGGUAGGCAGAAUUGAAGACGACUGUGCCAAAUCUCUUGGUGAGCGAUGAA